GUUUUCAGUUCGGCGUUGAGCAGCAUCUUCCGCUCGCUUCUCCCGCCAACUCAGCUCAAUUCAGUUCGACUUGAUUCGAUUUGAACCUUCCUCUACGGCUCGCAUCUGUACUCAAAGGCCUCACCCGCACAUAAGGAAGGGACAGGUAGCAGGGCGAGCUUGAGAAUAGGUGAUAUCAAUCGUCCGCUCUUUUCUUCUUCUUCUUCUUCUUCUUCUUCUUCUCUCUCUGUCGUUUUAGUUGACGUCCGUUACCUUGAUUGCCGAAUUUUGUUAUUAUUGAUCAGACAUGAAGUUUGGCGACCACCUCGAAAGAGAGUCUGUUCCAGAAUGGAGUCUUCAUAACCUCGACUACAAUUCCAUUAAGCAUGAGAUCAAGAUGCACACGACGCGCGACCAGGCCACGGCUAUGGCCAUUCCCGGACAAAAGGAUGAGGCUCUUUCGCGAUUCGAGGAUGGCUUAUACAUGGAGCUUGAUCGUCAGCAUGAAAGACUGCAGUUAUUUGUUUCAAGCAAAGCAGAUGAGAUUUCGCGCCGAUUAGAAUACCUCGCCAAGAAUAUCGAUCGUUGGGCAUCAAAGAACCAGGAACAGCUCGCCGGUGAUUCUGCCAUCAAGCACCACAGACGUUUCACCAAGUACGAGCGUGAAUUGGUUCGUUGUGGUAGUGACAUUCAAUCCCUCGAGCGCUUCGUCAAGGCUCAGACUGUCGCCUUCCGCAAGAUCACCAAAAAAUACAAGAAAUGGACCGGUUCUACAACCCUCGGUAUUCGUCUCUAUGAGAACGUUCUCUCCGAUCCGAAAAGUUUCACUCGCCGUGACUUUUCCUCCUUACAACAACGUUAUGACGACAUCACAUGCACACUGAACGCUGCCGCUCCCGCAUUGAGCGAACCUAGCUCACCAGAAUCCCAAGCUCAGUCAUACCGACGUCAAUCUCUUUCAGGAUCUCUCAACUCGACAAAUCGUCACCCCACCAGCCGCGCUCAACCUACGUUCGAUUUCUUGCCUCCACCGCAGAUGGAAGAACCUGCCAAAUACUGGAACGAAUAUGACGAUGGAAGUGAAUGUGCAGCUGAUGAUGAUGGAUAUGCUAUCUAUAUAAAUCCAGAUGAAAGCACUAGUUUUCCGGGAUUCGGCUACCUGCAGAAUAUCUUCAAAGCACCCAUGAAGAAGGCAAGGGGUUGGUUCAAGCGCAACAACACCCGGGAGCGCCAGUCUCUACUUGGUGCCAAUCAUUCACCUUACCAAUACUCCAGCACGACCUUCAACAGCAGCGAGUCGGACGAGGAAGCAGGAUAUGCUAGUUCAGAUGGCUUCCCCGCGACUGGAUAUGCCACACAUUAUGCCCUUCCCAGCCUAAAUCAACAGCAAGCACAUUUGUACCGUGAGAAGACCUUGUUUUGGGGUACGAUUAGCUCCUUUGCCAUGUCUUUCCUGCUCCUCCUCGUCGCCGGCACGCUUAUUUCUACCGGUCGACACAGGCUCAGAGCUGAAGUUGACGCGGGCGUUACUGUUGGCGUUGUUGCGAGCUUGUUCACCGCCUGUAGUGCCCUCGGUAUGACGCUAUACCGGCACGACCGACUGUCAUUUCCACAUCUACUGGCGGUUUGGACUACGUUCGUCGCAUCAUGUAUCCUUAAUGGCAUGCUGCUGAUCUUGGUCGUGGGAAACUCCCCGUAAUGCGUAAAGGACGAAAGGUUAUCCUGAAUCCAUCGAACCUUCAUGAUCUCAAAAAAACUGAGCCACAAUUGAGACGCUUAAUGUUUGCAUGUGAGCGAUUAUUUUGAUGGAUUGUGUUAUUUGUUGAGCGUUUUCCAAGUUAUAGGAGCGAUGC